AUGAUGGACUCUGUCACAGCUCCUUUCCCAGAAUGCAUUGAUCUUCUCGUAAAGAACAUCAAACUGGACCCAGGUUUCCAGGAGUACUUUGAGUGGGCUUUGAAGAAUGAAAUUCCAACCGUUGUGGUUUCCUCUGGUAUGGAGCCUAUUAUCCGUGCUAUCCUCAAGAACCUCAUUGGCAAGGAUCACGACAAGCUUGAUAUUAUCAGCAACGAUGUCGAGGCUCGCCCUGGCAAGACCAUCGAUCAGGAGGGCGGCUGGCAAAUCAAGUACCACGACGAGAGUGACUUUGGUCAUGACAAGUCUUUGUGCUUGAGGCCAUAUGCAAACCUUCCAGAAGGGAAGCGGCCAACAAUGUUCUAUGCCGGCGACGGUGUAUCAGACUUGUCUGCCGCCAGGGAGACCGACCUUCUGUUCGCGAAGUCGGGUCACGACCUCAUCAGCUACUGUGCCCGCGAGAAUGUGCCAUUCACCGUCUUCGAGACUUGGUCUGACAUUCUUCGCGAGGUCAAGAAGAUUGUCGCUGGCGAGACGACCGUCAAGCAGGCCGCUGCUGAGGGUUUUGAACAGUACAAGAAAGGCAACGCAGGGGUCAAGGCUUAG